AUGUCGUCGCGGAUAGAGCGCGUGGAGUUGUUCAACUUCAAAAGUUAUUCGGGUCACGUGACAAUUGGCCCCUUGAAAGACUUUACAUGCAUUGUUGGCCCCAAUGGCUCCGGGAAAUCAAACCUUAUGGAUGCGUUGUGUUUUGUGCUAAGUUCCAACUCCACAGCGACGCUACGUGGCGGAAGCCCAACAGAUUUUAUUCACCGUGGCGCGCAGCAGAGGGAAUGUUUCGUUACUGUUGUGCUUCGGCAUAGUCGAGCAGAUUCGAUUGGUUCAUCUAUUGUUAGUGUUAAAAACGGUGGAAGUGACAAUAUGCCCGAAACGUCCUUCACCCGCAUUGUGGACAGUGCAGGGCGUAUUAAGCACAAAGUUAACGGGAAGCCAGUUGGCGAAGAAGACUUCGUGUCGGCACUGAGGAAAGUUAACAUCGGCCCUCGCGUUAACAACUUUUUGGUGUUUCAAAAUGAAGUGCAAUCGGUCUCAAAGAAGAAGGCCCAGGAGUUAACAGAAUUUUUGGAGCGUGUAAGUGGAAGCAUUGAAUUCAAGGAGGAGUAUGACCGUUUGAAGAAAACAGGGGAGCUGGCAAAAAUUGAGCUCGCCAAAGCCGCAGCUGCGAGACGGGAGGCGGGGUCUGCAUUAACCGUUGCUCGUGAUCAAAAGAAGGAGACGGAAAAGUACAGCGAAACAAUGAAGCGUAUUUCUGAAGAGAGGUGCAAUGAAGCACUUGUUGAGCUCCUAAGCAUUGAGAAUCGUAUUAGAAAGCAGAAACGGCAGCUCGCACUGCAGAGUGCGGAGCUGGAAAAGCUUAUGAAAACCUUUACAUCGGCACAGGAUGCGGAGGAGAUGAAGCGCACGUACGCUGAAAAGAAUAAGUCUUACUUGGAGGAAAUAAACCAGAAUAGGAAGGAUAUCAGUGACCUGCGAAAUUUACGAAGUAGCCUUGACAAUGCCAUGGUCCGUUUGGAGCACUUGAAACGUAGCCAUGAUGAAAAAAGACGAAAAAUGGAAAGCGUUUUGGCAAACGAGGAGAAUCGGUCGCGGCAGAAAGAGCGAAUUGAAGAGGAGAUACGCAAACAAAAGGCGCUGCUUGCUGCUUUCGACGGGCGCUGCAAAGAAGAGGAUAAGAAUUAUACGUCAUUGAGUGAUGCACUAAAUAAGGAGCAACUGAAGGAGUAUGGACGGCUCCGGGUUGCAUCAAGGUGUCAAACCAGUACUCUUCGCCAGCAGGUGGAUAGGGUGAGAGGUGAGCAGCAAUCCAUGAGUGAAGGGAAAAAGCAGUGCCUCGUUUCAAUAGAGAAUAUUACAAUGCAGAGGGACAAUCUCUUGGUGGAGGUGCAGAGGAGCGAUGCUCUCAUAACAGAACUUCAACAGCGUCAGGAGGAACUGCGGGAGCGGGCCAAAGAGCUUUCCAAGAACUCUGCAAUGAAGCAGGCAGAAAUUACCCAUGCAGAGAGGCGCAACAGGGAAGCCGAAGUGGAGCUUGAAAAGAUAAAUGCCCAACUUGGCGAGUUGCACUUCAUCGAAGAAAACGACAAACGUGAAGCCAAAGUAACGGAAGCGUUGGAAGAGCUAAAGGUUCUUCACGGCGUCCGCGGCCGACUUGUCGAUCUCUGCACAAUUCCCAACAAUAAAUACAGACACGCCGUAACGGUGGCACUCGGAAAAAACCUUGAAGCCGUCGUUGUCGAUACCAGUGAGACUGCACAUGCAUGCGUGCGGUAUCUAAAGGAACGGCGUCUGCCGCCGUUGACAUUCUUGCCUCUCAACUCCGUUAAUGGGAGCGCAGUUGAUGACAGGUUACGCACGCUUGGUGGUACCUGUAAACCUGUUGUCGACGUCAUUUGCUUUGAUGCUUCCAUAGAGGCUGCCGUGCGCUACGCCCUUGGCCAAACACUCGUCUGUGAUACCAUGGGGGAAGGCCGACGCAUCGCGUAUGGGCAGAGCAGUGGGGAGCGUUUCAAAGUUGUGACUUGUGACGGUACCGUUCUCAGGCGUAAUGGUGUUGUGCAAGGCGGACUUGCAGCCACACGUUCGCGUGCGCAGAAAUGGGACAAAAAGAAGUAUGAGGACCUGCGCGCAGCACAAAAACGUUUGAUUGAAGGAACCAACGGUUGGUUCGAAUCUGAGCUUUCCCAGCUUCGCCAUGAACUGCAAGGCAUGCAGGAGGGUUUGAGAUUUACAGAGCAGCGCCAAAAAGCUGUGAAGGAAGAGAUUGAAAGGGCACGAAGUAAGGUCGAGGGCCUGCGUCAGAAGGUGAAGCAGCAAGAGGCCGAACUACACGCAGUAGAAGAGCGUCGCGCUUCAUACGAGGAGGGUCUUAAGAGGUGUGAGAAGGAAUUGGAGGCGGGCCUAGCAGCCAUCAAGCGUGCAGAACAAGAGCUGUUUGGUGAUUUUCAGAAGCGUGUGAAUAUUCCGAACUUGUUGGAAUAUGAACAGAAUGACUUGCGCCGUGCAAAUGAGCGUGAGGAGCAACGCCAAACGUUAUUGAUGCUGAUUGGGAAACUUGAGCUAUCACUUAACUCAAAUCAUGGGCAUGUGACCUUUGGUUCUAAGGAUCUGCGUGCUGAGUGUGAAGAGAUCGAAUCACUCAUCAAAAAAUGUGAGGCAGAACUAACAGCUACCAAAAAAGUGGUCAAGGAGAAGGAGGUUAAGGUGAAUGAGACGGGUGCUCGUGUGGUGCAGCUGAGGGGAGAUCUCAUGAAGCUGAAAGAGAGGCGGGAUCAACAGGAUCGCAGACAGGAGGAUGAAAGGCAGAAGUUGAGGCAAGUUCGUCAAGUUGUGAGGAUUCUUGAGGCUGGUUGCGAAACAUUUCGCUUACAACGAAUGAAUGUUGUGCGACGUUGCCAAAUGGAAAAUGUACCCAUCCUCUUAAAACCUGUAGAUGCAGUUGGUAAGAAACGGUUGCGGCCUUCUGAUGCGGAUGAUCUCAGUUUCAGCGAACCCUUCGCCCUCAUUGAGGCCGACACCCCUGAUCCUUCACAACAAUCCCAACAACAGGACCGACGCCCUGCUUUGAAAGCGGCAGCUGAAGACGGACGUGUUAUGAUUGACUUCUCCGUACUCUCAGAAAAUCUUCGGCUUGUUGCCGCUAAUGACGCGCAGUUGUCGCAGUACAAACAGCGCACAGCCUCUUUACUGGAAACUCUUCAACGUACAGUUGAGUCUCUGGGACCCAACCUGAGGGCGGCGACACGCGUAGUUGACUGUGAGGCAAAGCUAGCGUUGUGCAAUGCUCAAUUCGAUGCGGUACAUAAGAGGGUGAGAGAGAUAGAUUCGAACCUCAUGAAAGUUAAGCACCUCCGCACCAAGCGUUUCUUUGAAACGUACAAUAAAAUAGCUGUGCAUGUAGGAAAUGUCUACAAGGGUUUGACAAAAAGUGAUUCCGAUGGGCUUGUGCAUGGUAUCGCGUGUUUGAACCUUGAGAACGAGGAUGAACCGUACCUUGGGGGAACCCUUUAUAACGCAACACCUCCAAUGAAGAGGUGUACAGAAAUAGAACGUCUCUCUGGUGGAGAGCGUACAAUGGCUGCUCUCGCACUACUGUUUGCCGUACAUGCCACCUCACCAACUCCCUUUUUUGUUUUGGAUGAGGUGGAUGCCGCACUGGACGCUGCAAACGUUCAACGAUUGGCGAAAUAUACUCGAGAGAACUGCAACACAACGCAGUUUAUUGUCAUUUCCCUCAUGGACCAACUGUACCACAUGGCUGACAUGUUGGUCGGUGUACUGAAGGAUAAGGAAAGGGGGAGUUCCUCUAUUCUUACGAUGGAUCUCAGUUCUUAUCCCCUUGUAGUGGGUGGUGGCAAUAAACACAUAAAUGGUUAUUAG